UACACACCCUUGUUGGAAUGUUAGAGAGAGGUGUAGACAGAGAGGUCUGAGAAAUGACCUGAGAAAUGCAGUCAUUCAUGUUGGAUGACUGCGUCAGUUGUUCAGAUUUAAGUUGUCACACUCACACUGACCUAAGGUAGGAAGUGACGUGCUUGUCAUAGCAGUGAAGGGGGUGUGGUAGUUAAGCUAUUGGAUAAAGGGACUGCUGCUGUUGUUAAUCUUGAGACGGGGUUUAAGGUUCACCUAACACGCAGGUCAAAAUGAAGAGUCUGGUUGUGUAUUGUGGACUCAUCCUGGCAUUUCUUUCGAGCUGCACAGAACAGGCCGGUGUAAAAAGAAAGGACAAAGCAGGUUCUCCUCAAGGAACAGACUGCACACAGAUUAAGACUCUGUCACCACGAGCAUCCAGUGGCGUUUAUACGAUCCAGCCAAAUGGAGCCGCGACCAAGUUUAAGGUUUACUGUGAGAUGCAUCCAGAUGGAGGCUGGACGGUGUUUCAAAAACGAAGCGGAGGAGCCGUUUCUUUCCGCAGAAAAUGGGCAGCAUAUAAAACUGGCUUUGGAAACCUGACACAGGACCACUGGCUCGGGCUGAAAAAGAUUUUUUAUCUUACCAAGGACAAGUCCAAGAAGUGGACAAUGAGGGUGGAUCUGUGGGAUCAUGAAGAUGGGACUGCUUUCGCUGAGUACAAAAACUUUAGACUGGGAAAUGAGAAAACUGCGUUCAAACUACAUGUUGGGAAGUUCCGUGGAAAUGCAGGUGAUGCCAUCCGUGGUGCCUAUAAAGGCAUUGAUCAGAAUGGCUAUGGCUUUAGCACAGUUGACCGCGAUAAUGAUGGCUGCUCCCCCUGCAUCUUUGGUGACAUUGCUGAGAUAGCAUGUACCUUUAGAGAGGGUGGCGGGUGGUGGUACAGCAAGUGUGGGUCCGCCAAUCUAAACGGUGACUGGCAUUCCUACGGUGAACACAUAGGUUGGGCUUCGGGCCUCCACUGGCGCACCUGGAAACCACCUGCACCAUACUCAGCCAAGGCCACAAGAAUGAUGAUCAAGUCGGUGUGAAAGGAACCUCCUCAAAUUAUCAAGUGCUGAUUUUUAUUCUGCAAAAAACUUUCAACAAAGCUUUUAAGAAAAGUAACUGUGAAGGAGAUAUGUAAAAUACAAUGCUAAAAGCAUGAAAAUCAGUGUUUUGUUAAUGCUUAGUCAUUUCUGUACUAAACUGAAAAACAUGCCUUCCAGAUAAUCAAGUUCUACCCGAGGUCUCUUCCUGUUAAAGCACUGCUUACCCUCUCUUUUUAUGUAUUAAAAAUAAUUUUACAACAACUAAAA